AAAAUGUCAAAAUAAUCCAGGAAUUCGUUUUCUGUGGCUAAUGCCUGCUGCUGUAGUGAAAUAAUCAAAAAUAAUUGUUUUUAUUUGUGAUUAUUAUUUACUUAGUACAUAGUUUUAAUGAAUGAAGUAAGACGUUUUUACGAUGCUGCCUUCGACAGGCUAUUUUAAAGGAAUCAACUGUCCCUUCUACGACAGUGGUCUAUGCGAGCGGCCCUAUUGUCAUUUUCGUCAUGUUAAGAAAGAACCACAAAAUAUCGGUAACGAUGAUGGGAUGGGCAGUGGAGCGAUGCUGCAGAAGUUAGUAUCGGCAGCGGUACAAAAGGUUUUGCAACAAACGGAGACAGGUACUUCUACACCCUCGCAAAAUGUUUCCGACUCAGAAAAAAACUCUGGACAGCCCGUUCCAUCUAAAGUUACGUACAACCCAACUCCGAUAGCUGAACUUAACAAAAUAAAUAAUACAGAUUCCGAAAACACUGAUGACAGUAUUGAACAAAAAAGAAGACAUAUACCAGUGCCGUACACACCUAGAAAACCAGCCAGUAUACCCAUCAAAAGACCUGUAGACACAAAUGGUUCUAAGCUCUUUACAUAUUUGCCGCCUGCACAGUAUAAUCCAGGUUCCGAAACUGCUCAGCUUGAUCCCUACACUCCUAAAGGGGCAAUAGAGUCUGGUGAGAAAUAUUUACCAGGUUCAGAGAAGACAAUUCCAGAAUACAAGCCUAAGGAGACCCAAAACUCUGCAGUUAAUUACGUUCCCUCAGACAAAGCUGUAAGCAAGAAAAAAAUAUUAGAAUAUAAACCAGCAAAGGUCAAAAGUAUACCUUCAUCUGUAACAUAUCAGCCAACACCUAGGUCAUUGGUUCCUUGCUUCUCCAGUGAUGAAGAUGAACCAGAUAUCAAAAAAAGAAAGCUUUCGAGUGAUCUAAAUGGCUUAGAUGAUUUAGGAGCAGAAUUUGAUAUAUUAGACCAAAUUUUAGAUGAAGAAAAAGCAGAAAAGGAAGUCAAAGGUAUUUCUCAAAACAUCAUUGGCAAGGAAUCUACUGAUAAACUACAAAAUCAAAAAUCUACUAAGAACACCAAUGUAUCUGUUAAGUCUGAUAUAAGCAAAUCUGAAAAAGAGAGGUCAUCGAGGACAAUGGACAAGAAAUCAAAUGAUGAGUUAACAGAACGAACAGAAAAAUCUAGUAAUAAGCCCACAGAAAGAAAACCAAAAUCUAAUGAUAAGUCCGUAGAAAGAAAAGAAAAAUCUUGUGAUAAGUCAAUAGAAAGAAAAGAAAAAUCUAAUGAUAAAUUAACAGAAAGAAAAGAAAAAUCUAAAGAUAAAGAUAAAAAAGAUAGAAAAUCGUCUGAUAGAAAGAGUAGUGACAAAAAUUCUAGCAAAGAUAAAAACAAGCACGAAAAGACAACCAAAUCAGAGGAAAAAUCACACACUAGUUCCAAACACUCUAAAAGCAAUUCAUCAAAACAUUCAAAACAGACCAAUGAUACUGAUAAAUAUAAAGAUAGCCGACAUUCUAAGUCUCAUAAAAGGUCCAAAGAAACAAAAGAUAAACAUAAGGAAAAACAUAAAAGAAGUGCAUCAAAAAUUAUAUCUGAUGAUGACAAUCAUACCUAUGAGGACAAUUUAGAAGAUGAGUUAAAUGAAUUAUCAGAGUCAGAUGAGGAAUCUAUUGCACUGCAAUGUAAAAAAAUAUUUGAGGAGUAUGUUCCAACUGAGAAAUCACAAAACAUUGAAGAAUGCCCUGAAAAAUUAGAAACUGGGCCUGAUGUUGAAGAAUAUUUACCUACGAAAAAGAGAAUAUCUAGGACAAUUGAUAAGAACAUUAAAAUAUUACCUAAAGCACCCAUAAAACCAGAUUUUAAAGUAAGUGCUGCGCAAGCUAUGGCUGAAAGAUUAGCUAAAGUACGUGAAUUCCAUGCUUUGAAAAGUACUUCUGAAAGUAAUAACUCUACAAAUUUAGUUUCAAAACCUGAUUCCACUAAGCCUGUUUUUUGCACUCCACCUCCCAGUACCAGUAGUUCCAAAAUUCGCAUUGCUCAUGUUCCUUAUGCCUCAACAAUGCUGACGGCAAAGAAGGUCAUAGCUCCUAGUACAAUUACUGUAAAGAAAAAUGAUGCAUCCUCUAGUUGCACAAUUACACAAACUGUGAAGAAGGGUACUCAAAGAGUUGCUCACAUGCCAAGUGAAAAAUUCAUUGACAGGCCUGGUGUUUUAGAGCCACUUGGCUCAAAAAUAGCAGCAAAUAUUAGAUCUACAUACUUGAAUAUGAUGAUUGAUCAUUGUUUAAAAAUUUACCUAUCGCCAACUGAUGCCUAUGCGCGAGCACAACAUGAAGAGUUAGCUACUAGUAAAAAAUGUUCCACUGUGCAAAUAUAUAAGAAUUCAGCAGUGCUUGCCAUCAGCAGGCUUAAAAAAGAAGUUCUCGAGUGUAAUGGAGUGAAGAAAUCUGGAAGUGACUGUGCAGCACUAAGCAAAGUGCCACAAGGAGCAACGGGCAAAUCAAAUGUAGUUGGCUCAUGGAGUAUAGAGAGUAAGAUUAAAAGAAAUUUUGAAGACCCGCAACAGUUUACAGGUGCAAAGUUUUAUAAUAACAUUAAAAAAUGGAUCCUAACAGAGGAUCAACUCAAAGAAAAUGGUUUUCCCAGACCUCAUAGCAGUGGUGUGAAAGGGAGGGCGAUUAUCUAUGGACAAAACAAACAAACUCCUCCAAAGGGAUAUAUAAGAACUUGCUGUAGAUGUAAAAAGAAUUAUACUGUGGAUAAAAAAGGGUUUCCAACUUUUAAAGAGGAGUGUAUUUAUCAUCCGAAUAAUAAAUAUAGAGUUAGGGGUGAGGUUCGUUACCAAUGCUGCAGUCAAGAUGGCUCAUCGGAUGGGUGUUGUAUAGCUUCAAGUCAUGUGUACGAGUAUGUAGAUUUUGAAAACUUGAAAGGAUACGUCAAAACACUGCCUCCAGACAGUGUCAUGGAGGAUUAUGGUGUUUAUUCAUUAGACUGCGAAAUGUGUUACACAACACAAGGUUUAGAUUUGACUAGAGUCACUGUGAUUAAUUCAGCAUGUAAAGUAGUUUAUGAGACCCUUAUUAAACCUUUGCAUCCUAUAAUUGACUAUAAUACUAGAUAUUCAGGUAUUACUGAAGAACAAAUGUCAGAAGUGAAAACCACAUUACUAGAUGUGCAAGCAACACUGCUUACUAUGUUUAAUAGUAAAACUAUAUUAAUAGGUCAUAGUUUAGAAUCUGAUUUUAAAGCACUGAAACUCAUUCAUGAUACUGUUAUUGAUACAAGUGUCUUAUAUCCUCAUAAAAUGGGGCCGCCAUACAAGAGAGCAUUAAGAAAUCUGUCAUCAGAAUAUUUGAAGAAGAUUAUACAAAAUUCUGUUGAUGGCCAUGACAGUGCAGAAGAUGCUACUGUUUGUAUGGAACUCCUAAUUUAUAAAGUAAAAGAGGAUCUGAAGACAAGAUGAUAGGCUUAAAUGUAUUAAAAAUUAACACUUCAAAUUAUUAGUUAAAUGUAUUUUAAAGUCUGUUAUUUAAUAUCACAUUUAGAAUUAUACCUAUUAAUGCCUUUUACUGUGUAAUUUUAGAUUGUAAAUGAGUUUUAUAUAUUGCUUUAAUAUAUAGCAAUAAAUUUAUAAUAAUGUAUUCUUGUUACAAAAAUGAUAUAUUAUUUUCCCUAUGGAUUGAUACUUAUCAUACUCAACUUUACUCAAUAUUAGACUGAUUAGAAACUGGUGUAGGUACUAAUAACAUUAUUCUCAUGAUAUAAUGUCUGCAAUAUAAUGUCAAAUUCUUAGUAGUAUCCGAGCCACAUAUUUAUUUAACUUUAAGAAUAAUUGGAGUUGGGUAUACUAGCUAGGAACUACCUACCUACUCUUUGUAAAUAAUUUCCAGAAUUUAUAAGGAAUGAAGUUAAUUAAAUAUAAUUUUAAAGGAAUGAAGUUAAUUAAAACACAAAUCUUAAAACCAAAAAUAAUAUUUACUAGAAGACAAACAUUAUACACACACCUAUUUGUAAAUGUUGAAACCUGAAACCAACCUGUAAAAGUAGUUUCAGUCUAUCUUCAUUGGGACAUCCAUUUCACAUAUUUUUGUAAUAUAAUAACUGUGUAUCUUUUUUGUGUAAUUUGCAAUAAAAUACAAUAUAUCAAUAAACAAGAGUGUAUUUAUAAAAGUAAACAUUAUAAAAUUGCUCAUUGCAAAUUUAAAUAAAAAUUAUUAUUUUUAA